UCUGUUUGCUUAAAAAAGAAAAAGACUAUAAACUCUAAACUAGUGACUACCGAUUCUUACUACAUUUUGUAUCUUCUUUCUUGGUUUAGGCUACGCUUCAGUAAAUCUAGCAUUGAUUUAGAAAGACUAGUGUUUUUCUGAACUGAACACUUCAUUUUCCCUUUAAAUAUUAGGGAUAAUUUGAAAAAUAUCCUAUUUGUGUUUUUAAAUUUGAAAAAUACACUUUGUUUAAUAAUUUUUGAAAACUACACUUUCUUAUAUAUAAAAAGACACUUGUAUCCCCUUUUAAUUUAAAAUGAUAAAAGAUAAAACUAAAUUUAUUUUACGCUUUUGUUUUAGAGUUUUUUUAAAGCAAAAUACAACCUAGUGAAUCACAAAGCCAUAGAUCAUAUAAGUUAAAAAAACAAAACCUACACAUGUCAAUACUGUGUGAAUUACAUAGAUUAGAUGCGUAGUAUACAAUUUUGCUUCAGUUAUGUUCCAUUGACGAAAAUUAUUGUACUUCAUACAUAGGAAUGUACAUAAAAUAAGAAAUUUAUAAGAAAUUUAUGUCGCGUUCUUCACUAAAUCUCAUGAAUUACGUAUUGAAAAUUUUGUCUGGUAAAGCUUGAUAUAUAUUUUAAAAUAAGUCCAUGAAUAGCUCAAAAGAUGUUCUGUUACAAGUUUCAACAUGAAUCUUUCUAGUCCUUUUUUUUUCUUUGACUCAUAGGCAUCAUCACAUCAAUAGAGCUCCCCUGCGAAUAAAAUAGAGCUCCUUCUUGUUCCAUAAGCUAAGAAGUUUAGGCAAUACCAGUUGUUUGUUAACACUUAGGACUGCACACUGAGUAAAAUAUUUUAUAUGUAGAUGGAAUGACUGAACAAAUUAUAAUUGCAUCCAAUCUGAAAGUAGAUUCUAAUGAAAGCUACCUUAUGUGACACAAAGUCCAGAGACUCUGCAUGAUUAUGCUGGUGAAAUAGUUCAUUAAGUUAUUAACAAACCAAAAGCUGGUUGAUGGUAUAUCGUUACUAGUUUUCUUGGACGGGAUAAUUGGCUUGUACAAGGUACUAGUUCUAGUUCUAAGGUCUGCUUUUUGAAGAACGUUAAAAUGCCAGGGUGUCCCAUGGGAAAAGAAGGUCCGAAUUCUGGGCAGAACAUAUACGAAUAUUGCAUUAUGUUAAAUUCAGGAUUGAACUAAAUAACAACUCUCGAAACUCUCUCCCUCUCUCUCUAACUCUCGAUCUUGUCGCUGCCUUGGUUAGCUCCGGCGUCGGCCUCUCGCGCCGGUGUCGGAGGCGUCUCUCCCCUUUAUUCUUGGUUUUCGAUUUGCUAGCUCUCUCUCUUUCAGUCCUCGCCGACAUGCCGCGUACUCUGGUGACCUCUCGUGCCUCCUCCGUCGUCCUGCUCAUGAGGGAAACCGGUGUGAAAGGUGAGAGCUUCUGGAGUACAGGUGAGGCGAGUCUUCUGGUCUAGAGAGGUUAGUCGGCUUUUGGGGUUGAAGCUCGUCGGAUUCGUUUUCUCCUUAGAUCUCCGCCGAGCUUCUGCGAUUGACAGCGCGUGACAGCGUGUGGCGUCUCCUCUGCCACAGAUCCGUUCUUCAGCUGCGUCUAUUGUUUUUCGUCUCGUUGGCAGAGAGGGGUGGUGGCGCGUGACAUUCACUUCCGCUUGGAGUCUCGUCGGAGGUGACUUACGUCGCUGUCUCCCAGGAGGUUUCUGUGUGGUUCAUCCACAUGGGUGUGUCCAGUGCUUGGGUCUCUUCGUGUGUUGGGUCCUCAGUUCUGAAUUUGGCGCGUGUGAAUCUUCAACGGCGUUGUGGGUUCUGAGUCGUCUAUGGCUUCGUCUCUGUCGUGGUUUUAUUGCUUCCUCCUUGUUCUGCUCCGGUCACGGCUCCCCCGUGUUCCUCUCAUGGCGUGUCUGUCGCGAAGACCCGUCGAUGAGUCUCCGGUGUCCUGUUUUUGGCGUCAUCUCUGCGUUUCAGAUCUCGGCGUUUAGGGAUGGCUCCUCUCGAGUCCGACAGUUUUCUGGUUCUCAGGAGCUGUCCAUGGUGAGUUCCCUCUCUCCUAUUGGUCAUUGGAAGCGUGUGGAUCUUGGUGGUCUCCAUGGGUUGAGCGCAACUUCCCAGCACUAGAGUCUCUACAAGUUUCUAGUGGUUGUGUUUCUCUCGGCUCGUUUGCAGGUUCGGACCGGUAUCGCGUGGUGGUGCAGCGGUCUUUCAACCCACUUUUGUUAGGUAUUGUUUUCUCUUCUUUAGAUUUUUCGGGUAUUGUGCUUCAUUGUCUACGAAGAGGCUUCUAGUUGGUGGUUCGGAGGUGACUUUCUCGAUUCUCCGUGGCGCUGAGGUGUGGUUUGGUAGGCUGCGCCAAUCUCUAGCUAUAGUUCUGGCGAAUAAGAUCGACUAGUUGAGGAUGGCAGUUCCCCUUAACAUUACGGUUGGACUUGAUCAACAGUGUCUAUACUAGACGGUUCGAAGACAGAAGCGUUACGUGGAACUCUCAUCUGUGUGUCGGCGAUUAUUUUGAGAGGAAGUGGAUUUACAGUGGUCGGCUUGAUUUCGGUUAAGUUGGCGUCGUUGGCCGCGGAUCUAUGGCAAUGAUAGGGAUCCUAUAAGAACCCUUGAGACUUAGAUUUUUUCCCAUCCGCUGUAUGUUUGGCUUUUUUCUCCAUGGUCUUAGUGAUAAGCCUAAUCUAUUUGUGUAAUCCACUGUUUCUUCGAAAACCAGCCGGAGGUUCUGUUCCGGUGCUCUUUUGAGUUGAUUAUAUAUGAAUAAAUAUAUUAAAAAAAAAAAUCAGGAUUGAGGUCUAUAUUUAUGUAAUUGUUGAAGUCGAGAUUAGAAAACGAGAAAAUACAAAAAUGAACUACACCUAAGGACAUAGUGAAGAAAUAAAAGACUCGUGAAUGACACAAAAUGGAGAACUAGAGGAAAAUAUAAGAAGAAGGAGAAGAAGAUAUGAAAAAUAAAGAAGGAGAAGAACGACAAGAUAAAACAAGAAUGCUUUGUUUAAAAAAAAAAUCUACAAAAAAAUAUUUUAUAAGAUAUGUGUAUUGAUAUAUUGUUUAAAAAACAAAAUCGAAUCUUGUUGAGUUUGUUAAAUUUGAAUAUUUAAAUAAUAAUGUUGACAAAAUAUAUUACAGUAGCUUUAAUAUUUUGUUGGAUAAUUUUAUCAUUUCAUGUAAAUAAAAGUGUAGUUUUCAAAAAAAUUAAAUAAUAGUGUAAUUUUCAAAAUAAAAUCUCAUACAAAUGUAUUUUUCCAAAUUUUCCCUAAAUAUUAUGUUGACCAAAAAAAAUAUUUAUAGGAAAUUUAAUGGCAAAGAAAAGACAUAAAACGAAAUUAGAGGGAAAACUUAAAAGAAAAGGAUGAUUGAAAAUUCAAAAGUUCUUUUUUUUUUGUGUAAUUUUUUUUUUUAACUUGUUUUCUCUCUUUCUUUCUCUCGCGUAAAUACAAAUCAAGACUUGUUCUUCUUUUAUUUUCGGAAUCCUCAUUGAUCAGUCAUCUCUGGAAGAUGGAUUAUCUGAUGGAUUAUGUUUGUAGUUUUUAGCACGGGAAAAAGUAUUUGUAGUUUUGUCAGUUUUUGUUUGUGACAAAAAUGAUAUUAUGUUUAGGUUUGUAAUUUGUGAAUUACAUUAGGGGCAUAAUAGAUAUUAUACCAUUCUGAAUGAACCAUUUUGAUAUCCAAAUUGGUUCAGCUGAAUGGACUUUAAAAUUAAGCCUAAAUUUCCAAAAGUCAUUCGGAUGAUCCAUCUGAAUGAAUUAUACUUUUAGUGUCUAAAUAAACAAAACUAUCUGUUAGAUUCGGGUUUAUUAUGGGCUUCCAACUCAAAACUAAUUGGCAAUUAGUGGAUUGGCUAUAACCCUUUAUAUAUUACUUAAUGUCCCAUUGAUUUUCCAAUGUGGGAUACAUAUCCCUUAAUACUAUCAUCUUCAUCCCGAUGGAGAAAUAAACAGGCUCUAUGUCUGACUUUAAGGGAAUUUAAUGGCAAAAAAAAAAGGGAAAUUUGGCUGUAUGACGCUGAAAAAAACCAUAAUUCACCUUCUAACCAAUUUCUCUAAUAUAUCGAUACACCAUCUGUCUUUUUUAUAAUAUUGCCAAAAUACCCUUUCAUUCUACCGGUGAAACCUGAAGAAAAUAAAAAUAAAAAAUCCUAGUUAUUAGCUGUUUCAAAUUACUUGUGGCGUAAUCAUAUUCACAUCUUUCCUUUUACCUUUAUUUGGUAAUUUUUGAGAAAUUGAUUCAUGAUUUUCUCCACCUCUUCCAACCAUGUUUCCCUCCUCCCCAUCGCCACCGUCUGUGUUCUCUGAGUUUAUUUCUUUCUCUAAUUGUGUUGCAAAGGGAAUCGUCUCCACUUUGGGAAUCUAUUGCGAGAAGACGUCGUGACAGUCCAAUCGGGGAGAAGGAGCACACUGACCAUUUUUCCAUUCACAUCGGCGCUUUGUCUCAGAUCUAUUGCAAUACUGUAAGUUCUAGGGUAUGUGUUUUAGAUUCUAUUCUUGCGAUGCUCUUUUUCCCUGUUUGGGUUGCAUGUCGGAUCUAGUAGACAAAGGUCACCGAAUCGAUUUAGGGCUGAACUUUUACCGAUUUGUCUUACUCAUCUGUUUACAUCGAAAUCUAUGGUAAUUUUGUUUGGAAUCGAAACAAAGAUAGCAUAUGUAGAGCUAUUUGAUCGGUCUAUGCUAUGUGACAUGGAAUAGCUUAAAUUGUUAAUCAUUCACGUACCCUUCCGUUUUGCACAUCUUUAUGAUGUAGAAACAAUCAUAAGGUAUUUAGAAUUUAUAUUCCAUUCAAUGUACUUUUGUGUUCCAAGUUAUACGUAUAUAUACAAUAUUAUAUCAAAUAUAAAUAAUUAUCUUGUUUUAUGUAUCGAGUGUAGUUCACUCCUUGCAAAUGGAAAUGUAUAACAAUUCCAUUCUAUGUAACCAUGUGUACCAUGUCAUAUAUAGAUUUACUAUUCCAUAUAAAUAGAAAUGUUUAUCUUGUGCUAUGUAUCGACUGUAUUUCGCUCAUGUGAUAUUCUCUUUGUGAUUCCAAGACAAAUACAUUUAGUUUAGAAUAAAUGUUUUUAUAGAACUAAGCGACUUUGGCUUUGUAUAGGUUGCUCCGCUGUAGUGACACUUAUUAUGUUAUAAAUGCACGCUGUUGGGAUGGAAUUGAAGUGUGUGGCUUUCACUGAAGAAAAUGUUUGUGUAGCUGCGGAGAACUACUUGCUUGAAACACUGGCACUGUGUCAAGCCGGAGCACUCACCCAGGACGUGUAGACAUGGGUUUAUGGUUUCUAAGCAUAGUUUUAAUGUUCUAGCUUUGCUUCUUGUUUUUAGAUACUACCAUCUAAACUACCUCCGUGUUGUAGUAAUGUUUUAUGUAAUGACUCCAACUCUAUGUAUCUUCUUCCUUUUUGUUGCUUACACUGGAAGAAUGAAAUCACAUUCCAUAUGCGUCAAUUUGAAUUUGGUGUAAGCAUUACCUCCUUCCCUGCAAUCAUAAACACUUCAAAAUGUGAGCAAUAUGUAUUAUAUGACGUUGGUUAGAUGAAAUAGAACAAUUAAUUAUAUAUUAUUUCCGUAUUUUGAUUUAUUUAAGUUACUUUUACAUUUGAGUUUGGGUUUAUGAAUUUAGGUUUUGGCUUUAGUAUUUAGGGCUUCCAGGUGGGUUUGUUCAGGGUCUAGUAUUUCAGGGUCGGAGGUUGGUUGAGGUUGGAGGUUGGUUGUGAUUCUGAUUAUGGUUAUAGUACUAUACUAUGUUGGUGAGAUGAAAUAGAACAGUUAAAUUUUACUAUUUUUGUAUUUUAAUUUAUUAAAGAUAUUUUAUAUUUGGGUUUGGGUUUAUGAAUUCGGGUUUAGGGUUUAGUAUUUAUGGCUUUAAGGUGGAUUAGUUUAGGGUUUAGUAUUUCAGUGUUGGAGGUUGGUUGUGAUUCUGAUGGUUUUAGUAUUAUACUAUGCUGGUGAGAUGAAAUAGAAUAGUUAAUUAUAUAAUAUUUUGUAUUUUAAUUUAUAAAAGAUAUUUUACAUUGGGUUUGGGUUUAUGAAUUCGGGUUUAGGGGUUAGUAUUUAUGAUUUAGAGGUGGGUUGAUUUAGGGUCUAGUAUUUCAGGGUUAGAGGUUGGUUGGGGUUAGAGGUUGGUUAUGAUUCUAAUUGUGUUUAUAGUACUCUACUAUGUUGGUGAGAUGAAAUAGAACAUUUUCUUUUUCAUCAUGUGUGUUGCAUACAGCUGUCAUAUAUGCUUCAUAUAAUUAAGUGUCCCUAAAAAGACCACGUCUCUUAUAUUUGGAAGUGAAACUGGCAACCUGUUAAGUAAAGGGGUAGAACCGGUUUGAUUGAGACCAAAAAGUCUGACAUUAAAUUAUGUCAAAAUCAAUGUUAGUUUCUUAAUUUGUCUCUCAAAUAUAGAUAUUUCGCUAAUAAGCCCAAAAAAAAAAGACAUAAAACGAAAUUAGAGGAAAACUUAAAAAAAAAAAAAAAAGAGUUUUCGCUCUAUUUUCUUCUUAUUUGCUUUCCCUCGCGUAAAUAAAUACAAAUGAAAAUUCAAGACUCCUUCUUUCUUCUCUCACAACUCAUCUUUCGAGGAUGACGAUCCCUAAUGCCCCAGCUCCCACGGCUGAAAACGCUUCUCGUCUCCCCGCGGAAGAGGCACGCAUCCUCUCGGAGCUGGCUACCAACCCGAACGAAACAGACUCCUACUUCGCCGUCUCCAAAAGGUCGUCGUUACUUCCAAAUCUUGAUUCCGCUUCUUGGUGUGACUCUAACGUUUGCGUGUGCAGGUGGUACAAAAGCUGGCAGAAGUAUGUUGAUGAGCCUCUGGGAGGAGGAGGAGCAGCAGCAGCUCCGAGGCCUGGACCGAUCGAUAACAGUGACAUCAUCGAAACUGAUGGUAGAUCGCUGGCGGUUAAAGAGAAAAACUACCUUCUUGUUAAUCAACAAGUUUGGAAAACUCUUGUUGAAUGGUAUAACGGAGGUCCUCCAGUACCAAGAACCUUUAUCAUCCUCUUAUUGUCCCAUGCAAGAGAUGAUGACGUCACUUUUAUACGGUUGCCAAAACAGGCCUCUAUAAGGGAGCUUUAUCAGAAAGUAUGUGCUAGGACUGGUGUCUCUCAAGAAAAGGCUCGCAUCAGGGAUUACUACAAUAUGAGUAAAGGCCAACUCUUGGAUCCUUUAUCUAACAAGAGCCUUGAAGAGUCUGGUCUUCUCAUGAACCGCGAUAUUCUUCUUGAAGUUGAGGAGCGAGGCCUUGCAGGACUGGUUAAUUUGGGAAACACAUGCUACAUGAACAGCGCUAUUCAGUGUUUGGCGCACACGUCUCCCAUACAUGAAUACUUCUUGCGAGAUCACACUCAUCAGGCCGAGCUUGCUAGGGCGUUUGGUGAGCUGUUGAAGGAGUUAUGGUCUUCAGGGACUAAUGCUGUUGCGCCGCGCGUUUUCAAGACGAAAGUGGAUAAAGCUGCUCCACAGUUUACUGGUCACUAUCAACACGAUUCUCAUGAACUGCUUCUUGCGUUAUUAACUGGCCUGCAUCAAGAGUCUGACAUAGUUAACGUCUUCCAAGGUCAAUGCAAGUCAAGUCUGGUUUGUCCAGUUUGUGGGGAAACAGCAAACACCUAUGAACCCUUCACGUCCUUGUCUUUACCAUUGCCUUCAACACCUACUUGGUCAAUCUCUCUUCUUUCUUGUUUGGAUGAAUAUUUAGCACAAGAGCCUCUAGGACCGGAUAACAUGUGGCUUUGUCCGCAAUGCAAAGAGCAGAGGCAAGCUAACAAGAAGCUUGACCUGUGGAAGCUGCCGGAGAUUCUCGUGUUCCAGUUAAAACGGUUCAAGACUAGUAAAUACUUCGUGAAGAAGAUAGAUACCUUUGUGGAUUUCCCAGUUGACGAGCUAGACUUGAGCAAGUACGUGGAGAAAGGCGAGUCAUGCUUGUAUGAGCUGUAUGCAGUGAGCAACCAUGACGGUGGGAUUGGUCUUGGCCACUACACUGCCUACGCUAAGAUGAUUGAUGAUGACAACGAGUGGUAUUGUUAUGAUGACAGUCUUGUUUCACCCGUACACGAAUCCGAGAUCGUAAGCUCAGCGGCCUAUCUUCUUUUCUACCGAAAAAGAGUUGGAAGUGAUAUGGAUUUGUCAUAAUCAUGGGGUUGCUGCAUUUGAUUUAGAGAUGCAUUGGUCUCUAUAUAACUCACUCUCUAGCUGGUGGUUCGGUUGAAGAGUUCUUGUUGCUUCAGACUUUAUGUUGUUAUGGCACAUCUCUGUAGAAUCUUUGGGGAUUUUAGGUUCUGAAAAUAUUGUUUUUAGUUUGGGGAUUUUUUUCGGAUAGUGAGUCAAUAGAUGAACAGAUUUAUAGUUUGUACAAAGACAGACUUGGCACAUUGAAUACAAGAAAAAUGUUUCUCAUUUUAUUUGCUUAUAAAGACAUGAAAACAGAACCACACUGAUCAUCAUAUAGGAUUUUUGACUUUAGGAUGAUGAUGUGCUAUCCUCAAACCGGAAGAUGACCCCAUUCUUCUUCUUGAAACUAUGUGUCGUGUGAUCCACCUCCUGUGACACAACACACCAACCAAUAUCAAGACACCAAAAUCACUUAAAUUCACAUCUUUUUAAAACACUA